UCUAAAUCUUUUAGUGCGACAUGAUGCUCUGGACAUACAUGGGAAUCUUAGGGAUUGUGCUGUUGGCAGAUUUUGGGACAGGUUGUGAUUACCAAGUGGACAAAUGUGGGGCCUGGGCUGAUGGAGAUGUCCAGAUAGGAAUUCUCAGUGCCUGCUAUUCUAAAGUGGAGACUCUGUAUUAUCGAGAACAGCCAGAGAGAUACAAUUGUUCAGAAUUCAAUAUGGUAUCAUUUGUACAGAUGCUGGCUGCCAUUCACACCAUUGAAACAAUCAACAACUCCAGCUUCCUGCCAGGGGUGCGCCUUGGCUACUACGUCUGUGACACAUGCUCUGAUGCCUCCAAAGCCAUUCAGAGCACUGAGCAUAUGCUGGCUGCAAACGGAACACUGCUGCCGCAAUGUGAGUUCAUUCAAAGGCCCAAAGUAAAAGCAAUCAUUGGAGCACGCUAUUCUGAGGUUUCUCUCAGUGUGGCACGGCUUCUGACCCUCUACAUAGUGCCACAGAUAAGCACGUCAGCGUCUGCAGAAGCCUUGAGUGAUAGAAAGCGCUACCCUGCCUUCCUACGAACCGUACCCAGUGAUAUCCAUCAGACGAAAGCACUGGCAAAACUCAUGACUCGCUUUCAGUGGGACUGGGUCGGAGUGGUCCAUGGGGAUGAUGAUUAUGGUGAAGAUGCCUUCCACAGCUUCUUGGUGGAUGCAGAGACUGAAAAUGUUUGUGUUGCUUUUGAAGAAACUCUGCCUCACGACCUGGAUUGUAAGGACAUUGACACUAGAAUCCAAAAAGUGGCAGACACCAUCCAACAAUCCAGAGCCAAAGUUAUAUUACUUAUCUUAAAGGAGGAGCUGGUGAAAAAGCUUUUCACAGAAAUGAUUAACAGGAACAUAUCACACACUUGGAUAGCUAGUGACGCCUGGUCAAUAUCGGUAGAUAUUGCUCAGAUGGAGGGAAUCAACAAAGUAGGAGAUAUAUUUGGCUUCAGUUUCAUUACAGGCCCAAACCCUGGCUUUAAAGAAUAUCUGCAAAAGCUGACUAUUCCUCCAGGUGCUGAGAACAAGUUCAUAGAAGAAUACCAGCAGAUGGGGAAAAGCAUGGACUAUUUAACAAAAGCAGUGCAUAUUGACAUAGCCUAUGGAGAGAGGCUGGCUGUGUUGUCCAUUGCUCAUGCCUUGAGGAAGCUUUUAGGUUGUAACGAGACGGCCUGUCCAGGGGAGAAAGACCUUCCACCAUGGAAGCUCCUCAAAGAACUAAAAAAUAUCAACUUCAGUCUGGAUGGUCAGACUUUCUACUUUAAUACAUCAGGAAAUUUCAUAAACGGGUACGAUCUGAUUAACUGGGUCCGAGACAUGUCGAGUGGACAGAGACAGUUUGUUGUUGUUGGGAACUACAAUCUUGGACAAAAACAAGUCAAUCUUAUGAAAGCUAUUGAAUGGAGCAAUCCUGAGAAUACUAUCUUCAAAACUGUCUCCCAUGUGAAAAUGGAACAUGGAUUUCUCCUUUUGUUUAUUAACCUCAUCGUCUACUUUCUCUAUCGUAGAAGUCCUGUCAUUAAACAGGCUGGUGGCUACAUAUACGUUCUCAUUAUGUUGGGCUUAGCUCUUAGCUAUACCAGUGUCUUACUCUUCAUUUGCAAGCCCAAUACCCAUAUAUGUAGGGCACGGUCAUUCCUGUAUGCCUUAGGCUUCUCGCUCACUGUCUCAUGCAUCCUGGUAAAAGCCCUGCGGACCUUUGUAGCGUUCCUUCCUCAAUAUCGUCAGCACAAUAUCAAGAAGUUUUACAAGCCUCCCUUAAUUAUCAGCUGUGGCACUUUCAUUCAAGUCCUCAUCUGCAUCUUCUGGCUGAUUUUUGAUUCUCCUGAUGUGGAGACUGUGGAAUCUACACUGAGCAUGGAGAUCAUUUUUCAGUGUAAGGAGGGCUCUGGGGUGGGCUUUGGCUUCAUGCUUUCUUACAUUGCACUUCUUGCACUCAUCUGUUUUGCACUGGCUUUCAAAGGGAGAAAGGUUCCUCAGCGCUUCAACGAGACUGGACACAUUAUCCUCAGCAUGCUGAUAUACCUGUUUGUAUGGGUCUGUUUCACUCCAAUUUAUGCAGCGAAGAUACCAGAGAGCUACUCAAUUCAGGCCGCAGCAAUCUUGGUGUCGACGUAUGGCAUUAUAUUCUGCCACUUUACACCUAAGUGGUACAUGGCCCUUUGCAAAAAGAAGGAGGAUGUCACUGUGGAGGCAUACAUUGCACGAGCAUGUAGUGCCAGAACUUCAGUCGACUCAGGCCUCUCUGACUUGUCUGGGGUAGGAUCUCUAUGUAACAAAAGUGGUCUCAAAAUCUCACCCUCACAGACCACCAUGUGCUCCACUGCUACUGGUGUUUGCAGCCCAGAAUCACCUGUGUACAUUUUUAAAGCAGAGAAUCCUAUUAACUGUCAAUCCACCAUGCGGAGAAGGCUUCAGAGAAGAUCUAUUUAA